GGAGGCGGUUCAUUCAAGCAAUGUUUUGCUCCCUAUGAGGUGAACUUGUUGUCCAGCAGCAGUUCUAGAAGUGUUUCAAGUUCCUUUGAAAUGGAAAACGAUCUUGUAUGCAAUUACAAGAAAUGUAGGCGAAGAUUGACGAAAUACGCUUGGGUGACUUCGUGCUCUCAUAUUUUUUGUGAGGAAGACGGAUCAAGGGAAUUCUCAAAUGCGUCUAUCAGCCAUGUUUGUCCAGCUUGUGAGAGUGCGCUACCAGGAAAAUAUGAUGUGAUCAAGACAGAUCUGCAGCCUACUGAUCAAUAUAAAUCUAUGGUUCUGGCCGGUCAAAGACCAGAUGUUGUCAUGGAAAUUUGCUCAAGAGCGAUGGCAUUUUGGACAUACCAGUCUCAUCAAGAAAGAAUGUAUCAAGAGUAUGUGUCCACUCGUGCAAAAGAAAAAUGCACACAACUGGAGCAAUAUUACCAACAAGUUGUCUCUCGGGCACAAACUGAAAUGGCUGCUCUCAAACAGCAGAUAACAAAUGUUAAGAAAGACCUUGACAGUAAUAAGUUAAGAUACAACGAAGUGUCAGAUAAGCUCAUGGAAAGGAAUCGUCAGUACCAAAGACUUCAAGCAAUGUAUGACAGUUUGAGAAGGAGAAGCAUCACACCAAGGACUUUUAAUGGACGUGAAGCAACCAGUGGUGGUCAAGGGGCUGCUGCUGUAAACAGAUACGAUAUUCCACUGGGUGUACAGGAAGACGAUCAAGAGCAGCAACAUUCAACUUCAGCAAAGUCAUUGUUUGACAUUUCCUUGAAUCAGAGUUGCAUGGAAGAUAGUUUCUCCCUUCGCUCUGUAGCAGCUCGGCAGAUGCCAUCAGAAUCACAAGCUGAUUUUGCUGGUGCCUGUCAGACAACACCUGCUCGAAAAGUCAGUGGAAGAAACAGCCCAGAUGACAGAAGACCUUUCAGCCUUGAACUGAACACACCAGCAGGUAUAGCACAACGAGCUGUCCCUCCUAGAAGAAUGUAA